AUACGUUGACCACUAGAGGCGCCAACAUCGAUAACAACAUUAUUAACUCACGUGGGAAUGUCACGCAGGUGAAAAUCUUUUAUUUGGAAUAUUUGUGCUGGAGCCGGAUUGUUGCUGGCUCAUCUGUGGUUGCCGUUACCUGCUCAGUGCUGGAAGAUGUGCCGCGGAGUUCGCAUUGCCGCAGUCAGCUGUUCUCUCCUGCUCGUCAUGAUGGCGGCAUCUGCAGCAGGGGACGACGUGUGGAAACAGGAGGUGGGAUCCCAGAUGGAGAUCGGCGUAUCAAACUCAGGGUACCGCAGGGUGCAGCUGAGGUGCGGGGCGGACUACAUGCAGGUCGACGUGGAGACCGACCAGGAAUUCGGCGGAGUCAUAUACACACGGGGUAGCUACCACAACAGGAAGCCACCGUGCUUCCUGGACCCACGAGCCGGCCGCAGCUUCUCUCUCAAGUUCCCUCUAUCACAGUGCCAAACAAAGCUCGACAGCGAGGUUUACUCUAAUGUUGUGGUGGUUCAACACGACGACGAGCUCAUCAUGCCCGGUGAUGCCGCCUUCACCCUGGAGUGCGACUUCAGCCGUCCCAGGGACAUCACUGUCAGUGCGGAUCUGGAGACCGGACGGCCCGCAGUGAGUUCCCGGAUUAGCAUCACUGAUCCCGAUCCUGCGGGAAAGGAACUGCCACGUCACAGACGGUCCACAGUCUCCAGCGAAUCAGAAGCCGUCUCCUUCAGUCCUGAUGACGUCAGACCGAGAAAAAGGAGAACUGAGCCGAGCUGUGCUGUCUUGCGAGGCGUCUGUCUGUUUCAAGCUGUCGCCAUGGCUACUCUGAAGUUCAAGGAUCCUUCACCUUAUGUCAAGGGUCCGCAAGGGGCGCCACCAGUCGACUACUUGUAUGCCAGGUACUUGGAAAAUAUAAAAAUGACAUCCAAGGAAGGAAAUUCACAAGGAAAGAUCCAAAUGGCCCUGUUUGGAGCUGGAAGGGCAGGGUCAAUCCACCUGAGUAGCAUGACGCAGAACCCACGCGUAACAGUGAGGUACGUGGUGGAUGAUGACCAGAGCAAGUGGAUUGCCAUCAAGAGUUACUGGCAUCUCGACAACUCAGAGUUCCUGCUCAGCAAGGACUCGAAUCGGGUGUUUCAGGACGCAGGAGUGCAGGCUGUGGUGGUGGCGUCACCAACAGUGUGCCACGAAGAGACCAUCCGGGGUGCCCUGCUCAGUGGGAAGCACAUCUUCUGCGAGAAGCCGGUAGCGCAAGACAGCGAGAGCGCCGAACGCUGUUACCAGUUAGCGGCCCGCUGCGGAAAGACUCUCUUCUGCGCCUUCAACAGGAGAUUCGAUCCAGCGUACUCGCUCCUCAAGGAGCGGGUGAGGCAAGGUGAGGUCGGGCACGUCCAGACCAUCAAGGUGUGCAGCAGAGACUCGCCGCUACCCACUAUCGCCUACCUACGCACGUCAGGUGGAAUCUUCCACGACUGCGCAGUCCACGACAUUGACAUCAUGUGCUGGGUUCUGGGGGAAUACCCGCAUCGUGUCACUGCUCAUGAGUACGCCCACACUCCAGAGAUAGCAGCUAUAGGCGACCAUGACACCGUGGCCGUGGUCCUCAGCUUUCCGAGUGGCACCCUCGGCAUGAUAGACCUCAGCAGGAACUCCACGUAUGGCUACGACCAGCGGCUCGAGGUGUUCGGGCCGCGUGGGAUGCUGACGUGCAACAACGAGCGCCCCAUGUGUGGGAUGGAAAGCCACAUAGGCCUGAGGGGACGCUUGGCGGAGCCCAUCUACUUCUCCUUCUCAUCUCGCUACCAGCUCGCAUACGUAAACGAGAUGGAACACUUCCUCGACGUCAUUCAAGGAAAGGAUAUGCUGAAGGUGCUGGGACAUGAGACACUGGCCGUUAGUAAAAUUGCCUCAGCCUGCGAGGAGUCAGCGAGAUUGGGGCAGUCUGUAGAACUAACAUGGAAAGCCGAAGAUCUGCCCCCGAAGUGAAAGAGAUAAAUGAUGGACAUUAAGAUAGCGAAAUCUAGUCAGAAGUAUUCCAUAUUCUUGCGAUCAAUUGCUACCAUUUCACACUACCGGAAAUUCUGUAUUCAAAAUUUACAACCCCUUACAUGGAGGCUCUGUAAGGUGGAAAUGUUAUAAUGUUGAGUUCUGUAAGUUAAAGUAAAUAAAUUAUAAAUUUCUAUA